AGUUGAUGCCCCCCGGCCAAAUCUUUAAUAGUUAAUGCGCAUGCUUCAUUCUUGUAUUUUUAUGAGCCUUCCACAAAAUAGUACUCAGACAACUACUACCGAAGACCUACGGACUCACCGGAAAUUAAUAUUAAUUCCCUCUUCUCUAACAUGAGCUUCAUUUUCGGAUCUUGAACCUUUCAGAUCUGCAAGAACAGAAACCCCAGAAUCCAAAAUGCACAGUACUGACAAUAGCCAUAACUUUGCUAAGCAGUCGUUUCAAAUCAAGGAGGAUGGGAAGUUCUUCACAAGGCUUCUGUCCAAGGAGACCUCCGUGGCCAACUCUUCUUUCCGGGUGCUUUACUAUGGAGGCGCAUCCGGCGCCGUUCCGUUCAUGUGGGAGUCACAGCCGGGCACACCUAAGCACACCUUUUCUGAAACCUCUCUUCCUCCCCUCACGCCCCCUCCUUCCUAUUAUUCUAAGUACUCCAUGUCCGACUCCAUGAAAAAGAGCUCAAAGCGAAACCUCUUGCACACCAUUUUCCCCAAGCUGUCUCCGAGGAAGGCUCUUGUGUCGCCAUCGUCGUCGCUGUCUUCUGUGUCAUCUUCAUCGUUAUCAUCAUGGUCGUCGUCGACAUAUUCAUCGCCGCCAUCUUUCAUGAAACCAAAAUAUCAAAGAUCGUCGCCCACUUCAACGUUGUCGUUUGGUGCAAGGCGUAAAGCUAAUUCGAAUCGGUUCCGAGGCUGCUACCCAAUGGGGAACAUGAAGAAUGCAUUCUUGUCCAUUGUAGGUCAUGGAUCAGGCCAAGGUACUGCUUAGUGACUUUAUCUACGAUGUUGAUUUUUUUUUUUUUUUUGG